GCUGUAUUUUAGUAAAAGGAAGGAAAGUGAGAAAUAUUUUUGACUGUGAGUGUUCUUCCCAAAAAUCGGAUCCUCGCCGCCGUCUCUGCCGCUUCGCUGUCUCGAAUCUUCUCUCUACCUGCCUCCUGACAAUAGGAAUUGUUUCCAGAUUAGUCUAGUCUGUCGAAUGGCGAGCACCGGAGUAUUAGGAGGCGAUGGGAGCCACAAAAUAGAUUACGUCUUCAAAGUGGUUCUGAUCGGCGACUCCUCCGUGGGGAAGUCUCAAAUGCUCUCGCGAUUUGCGCGCAAUGAGUUCAGCCUCGAUUCCAAGGCGACAAUCGGCGUGGAGUUCCAGACGCGAACUGUGGUUAUCGACCGCAAGUCCGUCAAGGCUCAGAUCUGGGAUACCGCUGGUCAGGAAAGGUACAGAGCCGUCACAAGCGCAUAUUACAGGGGCGCUCUGGGAGCGAUUUUGGCGUACGACAUUACAAAACGGAAAAGUUUUGACCACAUCCCGCGAUGGCUGGAGGAGCUGCGCGCUCACGCCGACGACAACACAGUAAUGAUUCUGGUCGGCAACAAGUCCGACCUUGAAGACCAGAGAGAAGUGCCAACAGAGGAUGCCAAGGAAUUCGCUCAAACGGAGGGGCUAUUCUUUCUCGAGACAUCGGCAUUGGAAGCAACCAAUGUCGAAGAAGCCUUCCUGACUGUCUUGACGGAGAUAUUCAACGUCACCAACCGGAGAAGUCUUGCCGGGGGCAAAGAGCAAGAUCAAAAGCCGGUGUCCCUCGCCGGUAAGAAUAUCGACGUUGCGGGUUCCGGCCAGGCUGUUCCGGAAAAGAACAGGAUGUGCUGCGGAUCAUGAUGCCCUGUAGGUGUGAUGGUAUGUACAUCUUGUAUAUAUAUUUAUUUUUUUUUUCUGUUAUAUGAAUUAAUUCAUGCAUGGUUUGCUUAAAGGAGACUUGGUUUUGAUAAA